AUGUCAACCCCUCCAGCUUCCAAUGACAUAUUCGCUGUGAACCCUUAUGAGUCGCAUCCCAGUUUAACACCAUUAGAGGCUGCGGUUCUUUGGGAAUAUGCAAAGCUUGCCCAACACGUACGGAUGGUGACCCAAAAGACGCGUCAACUGAACGAGGAGCCUGAUAAAGUCAUGUUGGCCAAGCUUCGUGUCCUUGAGAAGAAAAUGGGUCUUGUUUUGACGCUUUUCAAAGCUUCCGUGUGGGGAGUUAUUAACGAACAGCCAGAUCCUGGGAUGCACAGCCAGGGAUACAAUGACUCCAAUGAUUUAACUAUUCGGCAUUAG